AUGGGGCUGCUCAACCUUCUGUCAAGGAUCCCUCAGGCGGAACAGGGUGCCCUGAGGAGCGGUGAUGUUGUACCAAGUCAGGGCCAGCCAAAGAGGUCUCAGAGCACAGGGCAGAAGACAAAGAAGGACUGCAAGCCCGGGGGUGGACCAAGAAAGGAAGCUCCACUGAGGCAGAGAAGUGAGCAUCUGCGCGUGGGCUGGGAGGGAAGCUGGGGGCCCCGGAGAACCCUGCCCCUAAUUCUGACCCCUGCCCUCUUCCUCUUCAGUUCCUUCCCCCGUUCUCCUCAGGAACCCUCCUUCCCAUUCCAGUGGGCCUGGGAGAGCUUCAUCACAGAGGGCCAUCAGGCCCUGGCCCUGCUCCCAGCGGUCCCCCAGCUUAAGACCAGGUGCAAAUCCACUGGCAGCCUCCCAGAGCCCCUGGAGAGGAGACAGCAGCUAGGGGCCUGUGGUGGUGCCCCCCUGUCUCCCAGCAAAGGGGAGAACCAAGGGCUGGAGCCAUCCAGUGAGUGCGGCCCCCGGCUGCCAGGCAAGAGGUCAGGAUCAGGAUCAGAGUCCAGAGGGGCUCCCAAGCUGGAAGGUACAGGUGCUGAAGAAGCAGAGAGGGAUCUGAGCCCCAGGGAGUGGCCCCAGCUGCCCCCUGGACAGUUGCUGUUGGAGGAGGAGCGUUUCUCAGAGGCAAUUGUGGAAACGGAAGAGCAGAAACACCGCACCUCUCACAGAAGAAAGACCUGUUCUUGGAAAAAGGGGCCGAAUUCUGGAGAGGAGGCCUUGGAAGAGAAGAAGCUGCAGGCGAGCAGCUCCUGCUCCCACAAUCCCCGAGGGCUGCAGAGGGGCAAGUCAAGGGCUCAGGAGCUGGAGGGGCCCUGGGGCCUGGGCAAGCUGCAUUGGCAGUUACAGCAAGGCAGCUGUGAUCCCCAAAAGCAGCCCUGGAAGGCCUUGCGGCAGGCUGCUGUCCAGACCUCCAACCGGAGAGGGAAGGCCCGUGCCUGGGAACAUGAUGAGAUUUUCUUGUCUGCCAACUUUCCUAAUCGCUCAUUCCACAAGCGACAGGAGUCCACUAGGAGCCUGCUGCAGGCUUAGCGGCAGGAGCAAGAGGACCUGCAGCAGGCUGAGCUGCGCAGGGCCUGGGAGCAGUGCGUUCAACAGCAAGUGGCCCGCUGCCUAGCUGCCUACGUGCCCCGAAGGAGCCAGCGGGACUGGGCCACCCAGCACAAGCUGGAGGAACUGAGGCGCCAGGAACGACAGCGUUUUGCUGAGUACCAGGCAGAGUUGCAGGGCAUCCAGCACCGGGUGCGGGCCCAGCCCUUCCUGUUUCAGCAGGCCAUGCAGGCCAGUGCUCGGCUCACUGUGACCUGGCGCUUCUCCCAGGUGCUGUCGGCACUGGGAGUGGACGAAGAGCAGCUUCUGGCUGAGGCAGGAAAAGGGGACACAGAGGGCACUGCCAGGAAACCCAGGAGCCACAGAUCAAUGGGGGUGAAAAUGAAGCCCUCUUCUCAGAGCCCCCCAAGGAAGGAACCCAUCAGCAGCCAGCCUGACAGGCGCUUCUCCCCCAGCCUGGACCCAGAGAAUAGUCAAGACAAAAAUUAAAG